AGUAAAAGGAAAGAACAAGUUGUGCAUCAAGAGGUAGCCGAGGAAAGGGAAGAAAAGAAAGAGCCACACGAGAAGCUGAUGAAAGACGUCAUGAAACCCCAAGAACUUAAAGAACCCAAGCCCGUUAAGAAAGAAGCUCAGAAAAAGGAAGAAGGGGAGAAGCAGAAGAGGAAAGAAAAGUUUAAAAUGAACUUGCCAUUUAUCUACAACGGUAAAAGAGGGGAACACUUGCUGUUAUGGAUUACCGAGAUCCAGAUGUAUUGUGGGACCACUCCAGUGGCGGAGGACAGUCAAGUCGCGUUCUCCACCUCUUGUCUGGGGGAAGUUCCAAAGGAGUGGGUAAUGUCCAAGGCCAAUGCCGCUGGCUUCGAAGAUAUACGUGAGUGGGCAGAGACAAUGACUUUGUGGGAAUUUCUCCAGAAAAUCAUGGAGCAGUUCCUCGACAAAACGACAACCAAUAAGGUUUUUGACGAACUCACCACUAUCAACCAGAAGCGUUGGUCCACUGUCGAUGCUUUGUCACGUGAAGUGGAUCGUCUGUUGCAGGUACCUGCGUUAAACCUACAGGAUAACCAGGUUUUGUAUAUUAACUCGCGCGCAUUGCCUGAGCUUAUACGAGGACAGCUUGUGGCAAAGGCAAAGUCCGGUAAGUACAAUUACCGGCAAUUCCGCGAUCUCGCUCUCCAAAGAGAACAAAUGACAACUCGGGUGAAGGGAACCUACGCGGCCGUUGUGAAGGGUGGGCAGACAAAUUACCUGGGUGCGCUGAUUUAUGAGUUUGGCUUAUCUGAGGACAUGACUCGAUCUUUGGGGGAAGCCUACAAGGAAGAUGCCAUCACGAUGGACAUCAUCAACAAACUGCAGGCCAAAGACAAGGCCACCACUGACGAGUUUGUGAUGGUGGAUGGGUUACUCUUUCUUGAAAAGGCAGGGUUCAAAAGGUUAGUUGUUCCAUUUAGGGAGGUUUUGCGUAGUUUAUUUUUAGGUGAGUGCCACAACGCAACGGGACAUUUCGGCUACAAGAAGACUAGUGCUAACUUAGUACAGCGAUUUUGGUGGCCUAACAUCCUGGACGAUGCAAAGAAGUAUGUACAGACCUGUCAGGUCUGUCAGCGAGACAAGCCGCGGACUCGAGCUCCGCUUGGGCUACUGAAGCCUCUACCCAUUCCUGCUGGCCCAGGGCAGAGUAUCUCCAUGCACUUCAUGGAUACUCUCGUGACCAGCAAGAAUGGCAAGAGGCACAUCUUUGUCAUAGUUGAUAGGUUCACUAAGUAUGCUAGACGAAUUGCCAUGUCGGAGACCGCCAGCACUGAACAUGUUAUCAAGUUAUUCAUGGAUAACUGGGUGCGUGAUUUUGGACUGCCAAAGAUAAUCGUUAGUGAUAGAGAUGUGCGCUUCACAAGCGCGAUGUGGAAGAAGGCCGCUGAACAGAUGCGCAGCCAGCUGCAGAUGACUUCUAGGAAUCAUCCUGAAGCAAAUGGGCAGGUUGAACAGAUGAACCGUGUGGUGCAGCAUUUGCUGAGGCAUUACAUUAAGCCCAGCCAGGAUGACUGGGAUGAGAAAUUACCUCUCAUCGCCAGUCUGUACAACAAUGUUGUACACAUCACCACCGGCGUCAGUCCUAAUCAACUGCAUCUGGGAUGGAAGCCUAGAUCUUCUCUAGACUUCCUCCUGCCGGAAAACCGAACAAUUGCAACUCCUGGAACCAUUGAAUUUGGUGUCCAUUAUGCGAAACUGUUGCAGCAGACUGUCGAACACAUCAAGAAAUCUCAGGAAGCUAUGAUUGCUUCUGAGAACAAGCAUCGUCGACAGUCCACAUUUCAGGUAGGGGAACGUGUCUGAGUCAAGGCUAGUGAGUUGGGACAAAAGUUUGGCAUCUCUAGGAAACUAAUGCCCCACUAUUUCAAUCCCUGGGAAGCCUUAGACAUU